CUGGACAUCUUUACAGCUGGAACAGAUACUUCAACUACAACUGUUGAUUGGACAAUGGCAGAAAUGCUAAAGAACCCAAGUGGCUUAGAGAAAGCACAAGAAGAAGUUAGGAGAGGUUUUAGUGAAAAUGGUUAUGUGGAUGAAUCAAACUUUGAUGAAUUGAAAUACUUAAGAGCAGUCAUCAAAGAGACACUCGGGUUGCAUCCACCUGCCCCUCUAUUAGUCCCAAGGCUAAGUAGAGAAAAAUGUAAAAUUGAUGGUUAUGAAAUACCACAAAAUACUCAAGUUAUAGUGAAUGUGUGGUUGAUUGGCAAAGAUCCUAAUUGGCUUCUUAUAAACCCACUGAAAUUCUUUCCAGAGAGAUUUCUUGGUAGCUCCAUUGAUUUCAAUGGGAAUAAUUUUGAGUACAUACCAUUUGGAACUGGAAGAAGGAUGUGUCCUGGCAUGUCAUUUGGUUUAGCAAAUGUAGAGCUUCCAUUGGGUCUUUUUCUUUACCAUUUUGAUUGGAAGCUGCCCAAUGGGAUGAAACAUGAAGAAUCGGAUAUGAGUGAGGUAUACUUUGGCGUGGCAGUGAGAAGAGAACUUAAUAUGCAUGUAAUUCCUAUUGUCUCCAAGUCUGUAUAA